AUGCUGUCUCUCCGCGCCGCCGUUCGUGUCCCCCGCGCCGUUGCCUCGCUGCACACGACCGCCGUCGCCGCCCGCCCGCAGACCCGUCCCCCCUCUGACGGCUCUGGGCCCCUCUUCACGACCCCGUUCGAGAUCCAGAUGGGCUACCGCGACGCCGACAAGGAGGCCAAGGACGCCAAGAAGCAGACUGGCACCGACAAGAUGAACAAGAUGAAGGGAGGCAAGAGCUUCCAGGACCUCAGGAAGCAGCACGACGAGGGCCGCGACUAA